GGGAGAGGGAGAGACUUCCGCAUUGGGAUACAAUGGAGUGGUUGGGUUACCCUUGAGGGAGGUAGAGGUACAUGGUUGCGUGUACGUUCCCAGGCAUAGUCCAGCUGGUUCUGACCCUUACCUUGCUGCAGGUGCCUCCGCUUCCUGCCAGCUUCCAGCCAGCGCUGCUGACACUGGGCAAGCGAGCUGAAGUUGCCAUUCAUCGACUUCAUGCAGAAUUCAAGGGGACAGUGAUCAGAUCUGAUGCAGAAUCUGAAGUGGACGUUGUCAGCAUGGCAAGUCACGAUGGGGACCCUAGUGUCAACUUGCUUGUGUGUCUCACUAGUAACCAUCUGGUUACCUCUGGUUACCAGGAAUGGAUUCGCCAAGGCCUUGAAGAUUGAGAGCUUAGGGUGGGACCCUGGGUUGGACAAUAAGGAGCCACAUGCGAACGAAGCUACCCGAGGCAGGACCCAGCUGCCAGAAGCAGGAAGUGGCACCUUGACAUGGGCCGUGUACCUGACCCCUGCAGUGGAAGCGAGUGGCCAGGACGCGGGGUCAUUGGGCGAACUUGCAGACGAGCUGGCCCAGGCCAUGGGUCUUGAGAACCGGGGUCAGAUCGGGGAGCUGUCCGGCCACUACCUCUUUGCUCUCCCGCUGCAUGGACGAAGCCGCCGGGAUCUCAAGGAGACUGAGAGGAUUCGGAAAUCCAUUGAGGCAGCGUUUGCUGGGCAUCAUCGUGUCCGCUGGCAUGCUGAGCAGAAACUGCUGAAACGCUCAAAGCGCAGCUUGCAUUUCAAUGACCCACAGUACCCUCUCCAGUGGCAUCUGCAUAACCGGAGGAAGGUCGGGAUGGAUAUCAAUGUGACAGGAGUGUGGGAACACAACGUGACUGGGGAAGGAGUGACAGUAGUCGUUGUGGAUGAUGGUGUCGAAUACACGGUCCAGGACAUACAAGCAAACUAUUCUCCAGAGGGCAGCUACGACCUGAACUCCAAUGAUCCAGAUCCUAUGCCACAUCCUGAUGAGCACAGUGAUAACCAUCAUGGGACUCGAUGUGCUGGGGAAAUUGCUGCAGCCCCGAAUAAUUUCUGUGCUGUUGGCGUGGCAUUUGGGAGCCAUAUCGCAGGUAUCAGAGUGCUGGAUGGACCCCUAACUGACAGUAUGGAGGCAAUUGCAUUUAACAAGCACUUUCAGAUCAAUGACAUUUACAGCUGCAGCUGGGGUCCUGAUGAUGAUGGGAAAACCGUAGACGGCCCACAUCCACUCGGGAAGGCUGCAUUACAGCAUGGAGUGAUGUCUGGUCGGCGGGGUUUUGGGAGUAUUUUCGUGGUGGCCAGUGGAAAUGGAGGCCAGUAUGAGGACAACUGCAACUACGAUGGUUAUGCCAACUCUAUCUACACAGUCACCAUUGGAGCGGUGGAUGAAGAAGGACGCAUGCCAUUCUAUGCGGAGGAGUGUGCCUCCAUGUUAGCCGUCACCUUCAGCAGUGGUGACAAAAUGAUGAGGAGCAUUGUGACCUCUGACUGGGAUAUGCAAGAGGGCACAGGCUGUACUGAAGGCCACACAGGAACCUCGGCUGCUGCCCCUCUCGCUGCGGGAAUGAUUGCUCUGAUGCUUCAGGUUCGUCCAUGUCUGACGUGGAGGGACGUUCAACAUAUCAUUGUCUUCACAUCUAUACGGUUUGAUGACCGCAUCGCUAAGUGGGAAGUGAAUGGUGCUGGAUUCAGUCAUAGUCACCAGCAUGGUUUUGGGUUGCUUAACGCCUGGAGGAUGGUUAAUGCUGCCAAGAUCUGGGAAUCCGUGCCGUUCCUCAGCUCUUAUACCAGUCCCCUUGAGAAAGAGGCCAAGCUCAUCCCCUUACAUCCCCACAAGCUGGAAAUUACCUGGAAUGUAACCGCUGAUGACUUGAACUUAUCUGGCAUGAAGACCCUGGAACAUGUGGCAGUGACAGUGACCAUCGCACACCCAGCUCGGGGCUCCCUGGAACUGACCCUAUACUGUCCCAGUGGGAUGUCUUCACUCAUUGGAGCCAAACGCAUCAUUGACACGGAUGCCUCAGGCUUCACCGAUUGGAUGUACUCUACUGUGCGUUGCUGGGGUGAGAAGGCAGAAGGUGUCUACAAGAUGAUUAUUCGUGAUUUAGGAGAGAACCCUCAGCGGAAGAAUGGCUUCCUCAAGCAAUGGCAGCUCACUCUGUACGGCUCUUCCUGGUCAUUUAAGGAUGUUAAGGAACGACAGAGGGUUGUUGACGAAGCCAUGAGUGGUCAGUUCCUCAAUGACAGUUUCUCAUUGCCAUGCCCUCCUGGAUUAGAAAUCUCUGAUCAGGAAUGGAAUUACAUGACAUCAAAUACACUGAAGAUGCUGCUGUUACUGGGAUGUUUUGCCGGCUUCUGGUCUAUUUAUUAUACAAUGGAAGUUAUCUUCUACUCCAGGAAGCAGUUUAAGUUCAGCUUGCUGUGUAAUACAUCGACCCAUGGGUCUUACCAAACCUUACGUGAUACCGAAAAGGAUGCAUCUGAAUUGAUGCCACUACAAAAUGUAGAUGCAAAUGAGACAGAUGAUCGACAGAUGUUGAACAUCGAGGAAGUCAAUUUGGAGAAAAUGGGAGAGGAGAGAGAUCUAACCUCGAAGCAUGAGAUGCGAAAUGUAGCCAUAACUGUAACUGGGCCCAGACAGAGCUGGGAUUAUUCAAUUCCAAGCCAUCGAGUGGGGCAUAGGAGCAGCGAGAAUUCUUUACUUUUCUCCUGCGACAAUGAGCUAACGUAACAUUCAAUGAAUUCAUUGCGCAUCUACUUGCACACAAGAAAAUUGAACAACGCAAAAUCUUUUGUAAACUGGUAAUUUGGAAAACUAAAUUGGGCAGGACUACCCUUUAUAAACAGAUUGUACCUGGAUAAUCAACUGCCACAUGACCUCAGCCUGUCAGAUAAUAAUGCCCUCCUCAGGGUCACGUGUGUUUGCAUCCCUAGUGGUUCAGGGCUCCCUAUUGCAGAACUGGAAGUGAUCAUCAGCAAAUCGUUCCCCUACAGACACACAGCAUGUAUACCUGUCUCUCUGUGUUUUUCUCUCUCUCUCUCGCUGUCUCGUUCCUACUCCCUUUUUAUCACUCAGCAACUACCUGUCCAUCCAUAAUACCAGUGGAGAACAAUGCAGACUUUAUUAUUUGAGUGUUUGCCAUUGUCUUCGAGUUAUUUUCCUGCUAUUUGGGCACCUUUCACUUGCCUUUGGAUAACAGGCUUUGGCUUUGGAAUAGCCACACACAGCUAGCUUGAUAGAUCAAAGAAUCAUCCAACCUUCCUGCGCUUGAUGAUUCUGCGGUAACCAGUGCUGGGAAGAAUGUGGAUGCAGAACAGCAUCAGAUAAAUCCACAGUUGAGUAACUGGACUCGGACUCACUACAAUGUUGUUUUCUUUUAAGUUGCACAGCCUGUUGGUUCUAUAAAUUAUAUAGACCUUGUAUAUCUCCUGGAACUGACUUUGAAGAAACUUAUCGCUCUGCCGGUCUGAUUAUCUGUUAGAACAUUGAUGUGUUGAAGAUACAUGUUGUGCACAAAAUGACCUGUUGCACUGCUGCAGCUGCCCUGUUCAUAUCCCAUAAGAAAUUUACCCACACAAGCACCAAUGUCUGAGAUUCAGUCUCAGCAAAUAACAAGAGUUGCUGCAUGAUUAGUCUCAACAUCUUGGCAGCCAACAAAAGGUGAAUUCCAGCUGGUUUCUAGCGUCUGAUAGCUUGAAAUCAGGCUCAUGUCACUGAAAUGUGGCUCUUCGCAAGUCCUCUGAAGCUUUGCACCUGGACUUAAGAUCAAACUGACUGCCAGCACCACUGCUGAUAGUGCUCAUGUCGGCAAUAGUGUAGCAACAACACAAUAUAAAUAAAAUUGCAUCUUUCAUCGGCAGGAUCAAUAAGAUAGUGCAUACGGUCAGACCAAUCAUGUUGAGCAAAUUGUAAUGCAAAUGUUUUUUCUGUUGUUUUCAAGAAGAAAGAGAAAAUGACUGAGAGGUACUUUUAAAUAAUUAGACAGCAUAAUAGCUCUUAUCAGCCUUUGAGUUACUUUGUAAUGAUGUUUGGGUACACCCUUCAGUAUGUUCUCGAUAAUACAUUCCAGACUAGAAGCAUGAGAGGAAAAGUGAAAAAUUGAUUGAAAUACCUCAGAAGUGAUGAUGAAACUGCGGGUCAGUCUUGACAUUUGAAGGGGCAACAUUUAUAUUUUUUCUAGUCUGUCUUUAUAAAUAUGUAACACGUUUUCCCCCAUUUCACAAAUGGAUUCUUCAGAUUGCCAGACAACGUUGAUUUUAGAUGCUAGAAUAAUUCUGCUUUCAGCACAAAAAUAGCAUUCACGAUGGAAAAUAAAUCAAUAAGUCAGCUUAAUAUUUUGCAGCCCCAUAUUAAUAUAAUAUGGGAAUAGAGGACUAUUAAUGCCAUGUUGUCGCCCUGUAAAGUUGUUAGGGAAUGUUUUCUGUUUUCUCGAAAAAUUAUGGGAAUUCUGUCUUAAAAAGUGUCAUUGUCCAGCAAAGUGUCCCUCAACUUUCCUGAUUCCAAGUACGUAAAGUUCCAGUGAUGUCAAAAGUAAGAAAAGCCACAUCUGACAGCCCAUCAUUUAAUCUUUCAAACAUGCCAAUGGG